AGAAGUGCGCAAAGAUUUUUUUGUGCGUGCGUGCGUGUGUGUGUAACCAUUCAUUCUGCAAUUUGCGUCCGCGACCAUGAAGAGGGUGGUGCAUCAGACAAAGGGACGAUAGGACGGAAACCCAGAAGAGGUGAGUGGUGGCAUUUUGGUCCGGUAACAUAUUUGAGGACUGAUCCCUAGCUGCAUUCUUCAUGAGUAUCAAAAGUGAGCACAACAAAACAAAUAUCCUCAUAAAAAAUAACAACCGAGCGCCAAUUGCAAUUCUGGAAUGCAUGGAGGAAGGUCUUCUGCCGAGUGAGAGCUCAAUGGCAACAAUUCCAAUGAGUCGCCAAGUGUCUCUUUCGUACCCUGCUGCCAUGAAAUACAGUUUUGGUGUGAAUUUGGGCUCCCAUAUAUCUGAACAAAUGGCUGAAGAUAUUGUAUCAGUAGCAUAUGAAAAUGGCAUUAAUCUUUUUGAUACUGCAGAUAUAUAUGCUGGUGGAAAGUCUGAAAUUUUAUUAGGUAGGAUACUAAAGAAAAAAGAUUGGAAGAGGUCUACAUACAAUGUUGCAACCAAAUUAUUCUGGGGUACAAGAGGGGAAUCAGAGCGGGGACUUUCACGGAAACUCAUUAUCGAAGGUUUACAGAGUUCAUUAGAAAGGCUACAACUGAGUUAUGUUGACAUAAUUUUUGUAAAUAAAGCUGAUCCCAUGUGUCCAAUGGAAGCCUAA